UCUUACCAUGUUUUUUUACCGGGAAUAGAACAAAAUAUAUACAGGAAGGGGGAUGCUUGGUCAUCGAGUAGGAAAGGGUGCGUCGUCACGGUAGGCGGUCUGUGAUGUCACGACAUGAACUCCACUCGGCAUAUCCAGGCGGAACACAGGACGCGAUAAGUUACAUGCUCACAAAUCUAUCACCAAUAUUUUGCCCCCACAAAAGAAAUUUGCUGCCGCCGCCUCUGUUACUGCCUGAAGCUCCCUCGCUGACACUGUGGGCCACAUCGGCUGCACUGCACUGGACUGACGCAACCCGAAGUUCCACGAAAGUCGAGGUUCGCUCAAUCGAAAAGUGCCCUUCGCUACCAGUUCUACCAGUUCUGCUGAUAACAAACACAAAAGAUGACAAGGACAUCUGAAAUCCUCCCCCGUAUAGACGACUGUGACUGCACCCCAAGUGUUCAGCACCUCUUUCGACGUCACUACCUCCUGCAGAGCCCCAUGUACUACAUAAGGUGGUUAUACGCAGUCCUCUAUUCUCUCUACCUUCUGUUCGUAUUACGAGCACCAACCGACACAGACAUUGUUGGCUACAUUGAGAAUACGACCAUGGCUAUGCUGAUACGCCCUGCAACAGACGGCAAGUCGGGCGAAUAUGAAGUAACAGUUUAUGAUUGUAAGCUGUGUGCUUCCGGGGGACACAAGCUGAAGAACAUGUCACUGAGGUACAAGACAGGGAAGAACGGCGUCCAGGUUUUGCGUUUCACUCGCAACGGAGUUGAAGUCAGCGACAGAUCUCAGAUCUUUUCAACCAUCUACUUUUACCAUAUUCACUCCAUGCACACCAAGUCGCAUCUGUUCUCCAAUAGCCUGGUCCGACACAUCGUGGAUAACGAUGUAAAGGCUCUCCAAGAGUCCAGCUACACUUCCAUUCCGUUACAUUACGUGCUCCUCCAUUCGUCGCUGAGUGUGCUGGAGUGGGACGGGAACAUGUCCCGAUACUUCCGGUACGGAGGCGCUUGUAUCAGAGAGAGUGUAGUGGAGGAGAGCAGGAAUAUGAGUGCAAUGGAAGGGCACCAAGCCGUGCACAGCUGGAAGUCACACGGGAAGGACAGCUUUGCCGGCAAACUGUUAAGAUCGAGGCUGGCGCUACAGGUCGUAGUGGAGCGCCACGGGAUCGCCCCGAAGUUGCUGGACCCACUGUUUAACCACACCAUUGUACACAGUGUGGACCAUCAUGGCAGCAGUGAGUGGUCACGCGUUAGGUUCUCUCUCCACCCGUGGGACAAAGACUGCAGCACCUACCAGGCAUUCAACACCAGCGUGUUCCGUGUCCUGAUCACCCAGCCCAACCUCAACCCGCUCGCACCCAACACCCUCCGCUCCAUCAACAAGCCGUUCUACCAGGACCUGUAUCGGGAACUGAAGAACAUCGACCCGCAGAUGGCGGGUGUAGUGACCGCUAGUGUAAUGUACUAGUCUAAAAUGAUAUAGAAUUCUAGAUACUGUAAAUGCAUUUAAUUUAGCGGUAGCGGGAAAAGGGACUUUUCGCGGUGGUUUUUAUUUCGCGGUAGUACCAUGCACUGUUGUCUCUUACUGCCAUGGAAAAAUUGUUCGCGGUGGUUUUAUGUUCGCGGUGAAGCGACCACCGCGAAAACCGCCAACAUUAAACCACCACGAAAUCUUCUGCAUUAACAGAAACACUGUACACUGUAGACUUGCCAAAGGCGUAUAGAUAACUGUACACAAUUGUUUGUAACGUUACAUGUUUAUUACCCAUUCUACUCGCUAUUACGAACUGUAAAAAUAACUGCUUAUGUAGUUGGCACUGUCGGCAUACAAUGCGCUGGACAAACCCACAUAUGAAACAUUCGGUUGGCAGACUGUUAAAAUAUGUGUUUCAUGUAUUAUAUCUAACUAAAUUAGUACAACGACCUCAUAACUUAAUGACUUAUAAUUACGUUUUAUAAAGGUUUGUCAUUUCAUAUUAAAGGUCCUCCAUAUACAAUGUACCUUAUCAGUUUAUAAUCUUAACUGUCCAAAUAACAUAGUUUGACUAAGCCUCAGUAGGUCAAACACUAUCA